CAUGGCGUUUUCUUCUCCAUCCUUUCUGCGGGCUUGUCUCGCUUCGUCCUUCGUUCUUCUCCUGCAGCAGGUUUCAGCCUAUGUAGGGAGUGCCACCGUGUCGAGCACCGUCUUGGUCAUUGCACGCGACACGACAUCAGCGACCAACAGUGCCUCGCUUGGUCUCCAAGGCUAUGGCAUUCCUUUCGAGACUGUCAUUGUGCCCCAGGCUGGCAUUUCCACCCUACCCCUGCUCAACUCGACUGCCACCAAUGGCAACUAUGGCGGUAUUGUUGUCGUGGGCGAAGUGAGCUACAACUACGAUGGCCAGUACCGCAGUGCCCUCACCACUGACCAGUGGAACGCGCUGUAUGCUUACCAAAGCCAAUUCGGUGUGCGAAUGGUCCGCCUGGACGUCUUUCCCACCACUGAAUUCGGUGUGGUUAGCACUGGUGGUAGCUUGAACGAUGACCCGGUUUCCUUUACCAACACCAGUGGCUUCCCUACUGCCAACCUCAAGACAAAUGUGCCCAUCAGCAUUGCCAGCAUCUAUCACACACCUGCCACCAUCACAAACUCUUCAAUUGCCUGGGAGGUUGCCAAGUUCUCCACGGUUGGAACUGCUGCAGUCAUUAACCAGAUUGGUGCACGCCAGCAAAUGGCAUGGUUCCUACCGUUUGCGCUCGACUGGGCUCCUUCAAGCAACAUUCUGCAGCAUGCGUGGAUCACUUGGAUGACAAGAGGUCUUUUUGUUGGUUUCCGAAGAAUCUAUCUCAGCUCCCAAGUUGAUGAUAUGUUUCUGGAGACUGAGAUGUACCGGCCGGAAGGCAAAAUCUACCGCGCCACGCCAGCUGAUCUUACCACACACGUCUCUUGGCAGGCAAACCUUAACUCGAGGAUGCCAGCAGGAUCAGAGUUCUUCAUCGAGAUUGGUCACAACGGCAACGGCGAUAUUGAGGCGUCUGCAUACACGAACCAAGGCCAGACUCUCUGCACCCCGCCCCAAGCCAUUGAGUACCCUGAACAGCCAAACGGCAGCCCUGAAUACACCAAGCCACCUGGUACCGGCACAAACAUCUGGCCUGCAACGCCAGCCCAGUACUCAUGGAGCCUCCAAUGUGCUCAGAUUGAUCCGCUUGAAAACUGGUUUGCAGUGGCAUCGCAACGUGACGCCUUUGCGCAUGUUUCGCAUACUUUCUCGCAUUCUGACUUGACCAAUUCGACCUACUCGGAUACAUCCAAGGAGAUCACCUUUAACCAGGCCUGGCUAAAGCAGGUUGGGCUUGAUGCUGCCAAGCGGUGGAGUGCGAAGGGGCUUAUCCCACCCGCGAUUACGGGUCUGCACAACGCCGAUGCCAUCAAAGCUUGGAUGGACAACGGUAUUACCAACGUCGUUGGAGACAAUACGCGACCACUUCUUCGCAACACGCAGAGCACUUUCUGGCCGCUGACUACCACUGUCCAAGGCAAUGGAUAUGCUGGUCUCAAUGUGAUGCCACGCUGGGCUACGCUCAUCUACUACAACUGUGAUCUCCCCGACUGCACUCUGCAGGAGUGGAUCGACACAUCUGCCGGACAGGGCACAUUUGACGAUCUCCUCAACAAUGCGCGUGACACUGCUAUCCGCAACCUCUUUGGCUUGCACUGGGAUCCGUACAUGUUUCACCAGGCCAACAUGCGUGUGUCAGACGUCCCAGCCACUACUAUCAACGGCAAGUCUGGGCAAUACUCACUGCUGAUGACCUGGCUCGAGGUUGUUGUGACAGAGAUGACGCGCUUGACGACAUGGCCCAUGAGAACGCUCAAACACGACGACAUUGCACAGCAGUUCAUCAACCGACAGACGCGUGACCUUUGCCGGCCCAGCAUGACGUGGACAACAUCGAGCAAUGGUGCGAGCAUUCAGUCAGUCAGCGUGUACACGGCAGGCGGCAACACGUGCGGAACGACGAUUCCGAUCACUGUGCCCGGCGGCGUGUCGAGCACGACGGGUGCGACCAAGGAGCAGGUGGGCAGCGACCCGUUGACACUGUGGGUGACGAUGAGUGGUGCGAGCCGGCAGUACACACUGUCGUCAGCCUUGCCCCUCUAGGCUUGGAUGGGGGCAAAUCAAUACUCGUUGCAUAAUAAUAGGCGAUCAUGUUUCAGCUGAAGGUGUAAAAAUAAAACUGUUGCGAGGGCGACAAGUGGGCCGAAAAUGGAGUUCGUUCU